UGCCAUGGCUAGGAAAAAGAUCGAGCUUGCUUUCAUCGCUAAUGCAACAGCAAGGAAGAACACCUUCAACAAAAGAAAGAAGGGGAUAAUGAAGAAGAUGAGUGAACUUAGCACGCUAUGCGGUGUCAAAACAUGCGGUAUCAUUUAUGAUCCCAACAGAGGCCAGCCAGAAGUUUGGCCCUCUCCACUGGGUGCGAUAGAAGUGAUUAAUGCUUUCAAGAGCAUGCCUCAGACGGAACAAAGCAAGAAGAUGGAGAACCAUGAGGAGUAUCUGAGGAAAAGGAUCGGAAAGGUAACAGAUCAAUUGAGGACGGUUCAGAAGGAGAACCGAAAGAAGGAGAUGACAAUGCUUAUGUAUGAAUGCUUGAAAGGUAAGGAUCUGAAUGAUCUUACCAUGCCUGAUCUAACUGAUUUGACAAAUGUGAUAGAUGAAAAAAAGAAGGCCAUCAAUUCUAGGAUUGAAGUCCUUAAGCAGACUCGGACACAGAUUGGGACCUCAACAACCAUGGCUGGAGCAAUGAGCAUAGAGAAUAAUAAAGCUGUGCAGGUGGCUAUGAAUGAUCUGCAAGCGCAACCAUGGUUCAUGCAGAGAAUGAACCCAAAUGAACAAAUGCCUUGUUUUGACAACAAAUUUGUGCCGCCAUAUCUGGAUAAUGGUGCAUUUGCUGCUCCCUUCUUCCCUUGA